AUGUUGCCAUCCCAGAAGGCUAAGAUUACGUCUCCAUUUCCUCCAAUAAAUUACUGCAACAUGGCGUCUGUGUGUGUAUAUGACAGUCGGACUGUCUGUGCGUCCACUGCUGACGGCUGCAGCCGCCGCCAAUUCAUUGACCAAUGCGAUAUGUAUGAGUACAACUGCGACUAUGAUACUCAUAAAAUUGAAUGUUGGCCUCAUUGUAAUAGACCGAAUGCUUGGAUAACCACAAUCAAAGGGGAAACCAGGGACUUCUUUAGAGUAUUGCAGAAUAAUAAAUAA